AAAUGUACAUACAAAACUCAACCAUUUUAAACCUGUUUGUCAUUUUCUCUGAGUCCGAAAGGAAGGAGGAAAAUAAACAGUACCUAAACAAAGAACCAGAUCCUGUUGCCUUCGGAUGUCAGGCGUCAGCUGACUAAGUCGCUCUCUCGUUCAAGUAUUUCAAUUAAUAGGAAAAAUAUUUCAAGAUGCCUUCCGUGCCAGAUGAUAUGACAGCAAUUUUGCCUGCAGACCAUGAUCUUGAGUCAUCAUUGAUGUUGGCUAGUUUGGAGGUGAAAGUUUAUAAACGGAGAUGGUGGAUACUUUUUCUUUUUGCCGGUCUGGGAUUUAUGCAGUGUGCAGUAUGGAACACUUGGGGGCCAAUAACAGAAUCAGUCAAGUUAGCAUAUCCUUCGUGGAGUGAUGCCCAAAUUGCUUUAUUGUCAAUGUGGGGAACUAUAACUAUGAUCCUGGGUCUUAUACCAUUAACUACUUUACUUCAGAUAAAAGGUAUUCGAGCAUCACUUCUUUUAACUGCAUCCUUUAUGACUAUUGGGACAGCCAUCAGAUGUUUAACGGAAGAAGAGCAAGCUUUUAGAAUACUUGCACAUGUUGGAGCUGUUUUUAAUGGAUUUGCUGGUAUUGCAAUUGGUGCUGCACCAUCUAUGUUAUCAUCUAGGUGGUUUCCUCCUAAUGAAAGAACAACUGCAACAGGAAUUGGAUGCACGUUCAACCAGCUGGGAAAUGCAGGUGGUUUCUUUUUGGGACCACUAUUGAUUCGUUUACCUAAAAACCAUACUGAUCCUGGAAACAGUACGUUACCCUAUGUCCACACAGAAGUAGGAAAUAGGACUGUAUCUGAGAUUGAUGAUGAUGAUAUCCAACUUCUGCGUCAGGGAAUAAGGGACUAUAUGUUUAUAUCGGCUGGUCUGUGUGCAGCUCUUCUCAUUGGUGUCAUUGCAUAUUUUCCAAGCAAGCCACCCAAACCACCUUCACUUACAUCUUGUAUUUCUACUCCUGCUCCUUUGAUGGAGGAUGUUAAGGCACUUUUGAGCAACAAAAAUGUUUGGCUGCUGGUUAUCCCCUAUAGCAUAACAUUGGGUGUUAAUGUGGCAUGGUCAAGUGUCCUUGACAUAAAUGUUGCGCCUUUUGGAAUAUCACAGGAUGAAGCCAGCAUGAUGGGUAUGUAUGUGACCUUUGGUGGUGUAGUGAUGGCGCUUAUUGCUGCAAGAAUCUCUGAUCUCCUGUUUGGGUAUAUGAAACUUACCAUCAUAUGUUUAAUGGUUGUUGCCACUGGAGGGUUUACUUGGUUUUUGCUCAUCAUGAAUGAAUGUCUUCCUUAUAAUAAAGUGUUCCUGUUCGUUAGUGUAAUAAUAGGGUCAUCUUUCAAUUAUGCCUGUUCACCGCUUUUUUUCGAGUUGGCUGUAGAGCUGGCUUACCCUGUAUCAGCGGGCGUUGUUGGUGGAUUUCUUACCUUGUGCUGGAAUGUUGUUGGUGUCAUAUUCCUGUUAACAAUGCAGAUGCCUAUGGAUAGUGUAUUAUGGAUGGACUACAUAUUGGCCAUCCAAGGCCUUGUUGUUGUGCUGUUAAUGAUACUAGUAAAAGAAGAAUAUCGUCGUACAUCUAUUGAUAAAGUACCAGAAACUCAAACUACAGAAAAUAUUCCUGGAGUUGAACAUCGAUAGUAUGUAGUGUGUGAAGUACAUCUCAAUUCUGGAAGUUGAUCUUUUAUACCAAAGACUGAUCUUAAGUGCCUGUUAUACGUUUUUAAUCCUUAAUGUAUGCAUAUAAACUUAUAGGUUUCCUUCAGGGGAUGUAGCCAUAUCAAAAAUUACUUGGUGAGCAAUGUAAUGCAACUGUAAAGUAUAACUGACAAGUACAACACUGUACUGAGUAACAAUACAGUUAUUUGUUGAAAACAAUUUAGAUACUUUACAUAAUAGGAGUACUGUACAUUCUUAACACUUGUAAUCGUAUGUUCUAGUUUACUUGACUCUGAAAAGUAUAUUUUGUAUUGUCAUAAUCUCAUAAAGUUGAAGUGGAGUAGUGUUUCUCAUUUAGUGGAAGUUAAACCUCAUUUAUCUAUGAAGAGUAUUAUUCCUUGAUUUUUGUAUCUAUACUAUAAUACAUGCUACCUCAAAGUAAUUCAGAUCUUUUUCACCAAUUGUUUGAAGACUAUUCUUGUCAACCUUGCUCUUGUGUUUCAAUUAACUAGACUGAUUUCUUACUGGAUUUUAUUUUACAGUUUUAGUGUUUCUUCAUUAUUAUUAUUUUAAAGAUAAAUAUGUAGAGUGUAUUUAGGUAUUAUGGGAUUUGAUAUACUUUCUUAAGCUAUCAUUGGAUUUCCAACUUGCAAAAGGAUGUUAGACAUAAAAUAAAAGAAAUAAACGAGGAUCAUUAUUUUGCACUGUGAUUGAGAGUUGCUACUCUGUAUUUAUUUUGAUACAUGUAUAUAAAUAUUCAUACUUGUAUAUAUAUAUAGUUAUUUUUGAAUAGCAGGGGAGAGAUCUUAUAUAAAUUAUCUUUUGAAUUUUGUAUUCAAGUAGAAUGAUAGGAUUUUUACAAAUGUCAAUAAUUUCAACUGCUUUUUUUUACCAUUUGAAAUUUUUUGCAGUAUGAGAAAUGCAUCUCAGUCUCACACAAGUUUACAUUUUUAUUUUUUACGCAUUUUUCUCUGAUGUUUGUUUUGCUGUAUUGUGUGAGGUUAAAUAUAUAUAUCUUUUGCAAUGUACUGUGCAUACUGUUGGAGUAGUAUGUAUACAAGAAAGACUUAACUUUUUAUUUGACUGUUGAUACUUACAAAAGUAUUUUACUGUGUGCCAUUAUGUGUCACUCAGUAUGGAGAGAGCAUGUGGCAUUUGAAUUUUUAGGUUUUGGAAUAUAUUCUUAUGGAUUCUAGCUGACCCCUAGAAAAAUUUAUUUCAAUAAUUUUUAGGGUACUACAAAAUUGUGUACGUAAUUAUAAAUUUUAAGAAGCAAAAUAGAGUAUAAGUUUUUU